AUGGCACCAUCCUUGCAACAAAACAACAUCGAAUCAAUAAGGUCUUAUCCUCAACCUCAUAAACUGCACCAGAGAUUAAAGCCCACUACACUCAAUAUUAACAGCAACAAAACCAACAACAACAACAAUAAUAUCAGCAACAAUGUUAACAACAACAUUAUUUUCUCCAACAAUAAUUGCAACAAUCUUAGAGAUGUAGUCAACAACACUAAUAGUAUAAUUAUUAACAGGAAUAAUAACAACUCCAUCAUUAGAGAUAGUAACAACAGUAGUUGUUUCAACAAUUCUUGUUACAUCAGCAGCUCAACAAGCAGUGAACACAACAACAAAACUACCACCACCACCACCACCAAGAACAACACGUUUGCCAAACACAACAAACGCAACAUAAACAAUACUAACAAACACGUUAGCGCGCUUCUUAAUCCGUUCGGCAAUAAUUUAUCAGCCGACUCUCUGCGUUCAAACAAUCAAAAUCGCAAUUGCACACAAGAAAAUUGCCGCAUAAGUCGAGCUUUCCUGGAUAACGAUUACGAAAAUUCGUCCAAUAUUUAUUGCGCGAUGAAAAUCUUAAAGGAUGCUUCUUCGAAAACUGAUUAUAAGAAUUCUAAAUAUGACAAGAAAACAUGUCAUAGAGAUGCUACAAUCAUUACAAAUACAAACGAAUCGAUUGCUGCAAAUUUCGUCGAUAUAACAGAACGGUCGAAUAGUUCCGGAUACUUGUCGGACGCGAAUGACCACGAACGUUUGUGGCAUUCAAAAUUUGACAGCGGUGAAAUUUUUACUGGCACCCCUCUCUCUACUCCUUUGAAUGUGAGUGCAGUUGCAGACCAAUGUUGCAACAACAAAAAAGUUGAAGCUACUAACAAAUCUUACGUCAAUGUUUCAGCCAUAUCAGCAACUUUAUUAUCAAAGAGUAAUCGGCUUAAAAAAUUAACGAAUGGCUUGGGUAUGAAAAACAAUUUAUUCGAGGAGCAAACAAACACAAAUGGUCACUACUACCAGCAGUUAUCACCUCAACUCCACUGUCCUCGUCCACAACACUUCCGAAAAGAAGAGUACAACUUGGUUGAGAUUCCUUUAAACUCGCCACCUCUAGUUGAAAAACGUCAAAAAAAUGUUAUACAAACAAACAAUGAGUGUGUUGCAAGCAUUCAAAGCCUUUCAGGUGGCAGCAGAACAAUGGAUUUUGCAGGUUUGGAGAGAAAAUUGUAUCAGUUGCCACGUUCAUUUUUGACCGAUAGACAUCAAAUCGAAUUAGAAAGCAUUCAAGAAUGUUCCAAUCAAUAUAAAAUGUUUCCUAAAAUGGGCAAAACAAUUCUCAUGAAACGAUCCUUCUUGCCAAAUUUGUUUAAAAACUUGCCAUUAAAACAACUCAUAAAGACCAUCGAGGACCGUCCCCCGAGCGUUAGAUUCGACAGAAGUCGUUCGCUGAAGAGCAGCGGUGACCCUGGCCACCUGCAAGAAGAAAAUCUGACGAUAAGGAACGUCUUCGAAUCUGACGAAAGUAACUUCCCAAAUUUCGCUCAUCAAAGUUCUGAAAAUAUCGACAGCGACAAAAAUGAGGACCAGGACGGCGAUAGUAACGAUUCUCGAGACGACUAUAACGACGUACAAAACAUUUUCGAGAGCGGCAAAUGUAGCGGAGAACGUGGCGAUGAUGAUGGCGACGACAGAGUUGAAGCGGAGGGAGAGGAGGAAGAAGAAAACACUUACUGCAAAAUAGAGAUCCCAAAAAGGAACGCGCUUCUAAAAAAGAACAACUAUGAAAUGAAUAGGAAUGUGACCUCAUCAGCAACGUCACAAUCUACGUCAUCAACUCACCUGUACCAUCAACGUAUCCACAAUCAUUCUUCCAGUCAGCAAGAUCAUUAUCAUAAUCAACGAAAUAUUUCGAAAUAUAAAAAUCUGGCCUACAGUAAGAAAGAAACAAAGAAAUCAGGUGACUAUGAGAAGUUAGUGAUUAAUAAACAAAGAUAUUCCAGCGGAGAAAAAUCAAAAUAUUCGCUGGUUCGCGAAACUCGGUAUGCCCCGUUACGCGAUGACACGCACAUCUCUACCGACCAGCCAUCUCUGUCUGGUCCAGCUGACGAGAAUAAUGUGGUUGACCAUGAUGACCAGACCACUAGCAUACCGAAUGCAAGUUGA